UGUGGUGGUGCUCGGCGCAGCGAUGGCGGCAGGCGUCAGUGAUCCCCGGGCCGGCGACGUAGAGGAGGACGCCUCACAGCUCAUCUUUCCGAAAGAGUUUGAAACAGCUGAGACACUUCUAAAUUCAGAAGUUCAUAUGCUUCUGGAGCAUCGAAAGCAACAGAAUGAGAGUGCAGAGGAUGAACAGGAACUCUCGGAGGUCUUCAUGAAAACUUUAAACUACACAGCCCGUUUCAGUCGUUUCAAAAACAGAGAGACCAUUGCCAGUGUCCGUAGCUUGCUACUCCAGAAAAAGCUUCAUAAGUUUGAGUUGGCCUGUUUGGCCAACCUGUGUCCAGAGACUGCUGAGGAGUCAAAGGCUCUGAUACCAAGCCUGGAGGGGAGGUUUGAAGACGAGGAGCUGCAGCAGAUUCUUGAUGAUAUCCAGACAAAACGCAGCUUUCAGUAUUAGUCUCCAAACAUCACACUGCUUGAGGGAACCACAUCCCCAGCACAGUACCACCUUCCCAGGGUCUGGGGCUGACUUGCACAGACAUUCUACUGUAGAAAACAGUUGGUCUUCCUGUGGAGAGAACACUCCAGCUUGGUGUUGGUUUAGAUUGCUGUUUCAAAUGUGACUGUUAGACCAUACUGACCAUGUAAUCUUGGAUUGGCAUUGCAGUGACUACCUGUGGCUUCCUGUACAUGCUUCCGGGAAGGGUGGGGUGGGGCGAUGUGAAGCCAUGCUAUUGACUACCUGAUACUGUGGUUUUUGGCCCCCAUUUUAUUUUUUAUUCCUAAUAUCUCAUGUUUUAAUUUCAAUGUGUUUAUAGUUUUUGAAACUAGACUAGAACAUAGAAAACUUGUAUAGGGAAUGAACUGUCUUACCUAGAUGCAGAAGUAAGAAUUAAAGCAGACUUGUAUCACUGUUUGAAAUUCUUAAAGAAA